AUGAGACAUCAUGAGUUGGAAUUUGUGUUGGGUGGCAAUGUGGUCUUGAAAAUGCUGCCAAUGAAGGGCAUAAUGUGUUUCAGUAGAACGAGCAAUUUUCGUCCUUGUUACGUUGUUCCCUAUGAAAUUAAUAAGAAGGUUGGAAAUGUAGCUUAUGAGCUUGAACUACUACCCGAGAUGUCCAUGGUGCAUCUAGUCUUUCAUGUGUCAAUAGUAAGGUUGUAUAGGCCUGAUCAUUCCUAUAUCAUGUCUUAUGAAGAAGUGAAAUUCAACGAGGAGUUGUCUUAUGAAGAAGAACAUGUGCAAAUCUUAGAUCGUCAAGUUCGAAGGCUAAGGGCAAAUGGUGUAGCUUGGUUAAAGUCAUAUGGAGAAAUUAUAAUACCGAGGAGGCGACUUGGGAUGCAGAAGAUGACAUGA